CAGAAAAUCUGGGCAAAUAGGCUACAUCGAGCAGCAACAAAAGAAAGCUCAUAUUAUUUAACCUCUUUUAGAGAAAAUUAUUAUUUACAAACACGUUGCAUUUAGAUGUUUCUCUAACUUUAUCACAAAAUAGGGAGAAAUAUUAGUGCAUCUCUUUUGCUGUUUGUAUAGUGCAUGCAUUUCAAGAGGCUUUUAGAAUAUGAAAUAUUUAUAGGUUCAUUUUAAUUGCCAAAAUGUAAACGUUUUCUUCCAGACCAUACGGGAAAUCUACUGAAGGAAAGCAAAAGCUCCUCUUGGACCCCAAUCAACACAGGCGUACAAAAAGGAAGUGGACAAAUCCAGCUAUGGCAAUUUCUUCUGGAGCUGCUGUCAGACAGCGCUAAUAUGUCAUGCAUCGCCUGGGAGGGGACCAAUGGAGAGUUUAAAUUGAUAGACCCGGACGAGGUGGCCAGACGGUGGGGGGAACGCAAGAGUAAACCCAACAUGAACUAUGACAAACUGAGCCGAGCUCUGCGCUAUUACUACGACAAGAACAUCAUGACCAAGGUGCACGGAAAGCGCUACGCUUACAAAUUUGACUUUAACGGCCUGGCACAAGUGUGCCAGCCCUCUUCCACCGAACAAGCGAUUUAUAAGUUCCAGAGUAACUUCGCUCCCAUCCAGAUUUCAGGCAUUUCCAAACUCAAUCUGGUUGCUCCAGGUGUUGGUCCGUCAGGGUUCUCCUACUGGCCCGGAUCUCCUCCAGCCCUCUACCACAGCCACAACUUGCAACCACCAGGACCCUUCGGUGCCAUGUCUGCGUCGCAUUUAAGUUGCGUUAACAAUAUCAGUUUAAAUAACUUGAAUAAUAUAAAUAAUCACUAUAACUGAUAUAUAUAUAUAUAUAUAUAUAUAUAUAUAUAUAUAUAUAUAUAUAUAUAUAUAUAUAUAUAUAUAUAUUCAGUUUACACCGCAGAUGAUACUUUAAACAAGACAUAAGUCUAAACAAUCAAUAAACACAAAAUUCGAGUAAAAGUGAGAGUUAGAAAAAGCUAUACACUGGCGGCCAAAAGUUUGGAAUAAUGUUCAGGUUUUGUUCUUAUUGAAAUAAAUUGGUACUUUUAUUCACCAAAGUGGCAUUCAACUGAUCAUAAUGUAUAGUCAGGACAUUAAUAACGUGAAAAUUACUAUUACAAUUUGAAAAUAAUGAUAAAAAAAAUAAUAAAAAUAAAUAAAUAAAAAUAAGAGAUUCAAAGAGUUCUCAUCAAAAAAUCCUCCAUGUGCAGCAAUGACAGCUUUGCAGAUCCUUGACAUUCCAGCUGUCAGUUUGUCCAGAUACUCAGGUGACAUUUCACCCCAAAUUCCUGUAGCACUUGCCAUAGAUGUGGCUGUCUUGUCCGGCACUUCUCACGCACCUUACAGUCUAGAUGAUCCCACAAAAGCUCAAUGGUGUUAAGAUCCAUAACACUCUUGUCCAAUGUCUGUGUUUCUUUGCCCACUCUAACCUUUUCUUUUAGAUUUCUGUUUCAAAAGUGGCUUUUUCUUUGCAAUUCUUCCCAUAAGGCCUGCACCCCUGAGUCUUCUCUUUACUGCUGUACAUGAAACUGGUGUUGAGCGGGUAGAAUUCAAUGAAGCUGUCAGCUGAGGACAUGUGAAACAAGCCGUUUCUUUUUUUGCCAUUUUUGACCUAAUAUUGAUCUUAAGACAUGCCAGUCUAUUGCAUACUGUGGCAACUCAAAAACAAACACAAAGACAAUGUUAAGCUUCAUUUAACGAACCAAAUAGCUUUCAACUGUGUUUGAUAUAAUGGCAAGUGAUUUUCUAGUACCAAAUUAGAAAUUUAGCAUGAUUACUCAAGGAUAAUGUGUUGGAGUGAUGGCUGCUGGAAAUGGGGCCUGUCUGGAUCAAAAAUGACUUUUUUUCAAAUAGUGAUGGUGCUGUUUAUACAUCAGUAAUGUCCUGACUAUACUUUGUGAUGAGCUGAAUGCCACUUUUGUGAAUUAAAGUGCCGAUUUUCUUCCGAAACAGCAAAAUUUGUACAUUAUUCCAAACUUUUGGCCGCCAAUGUAUAUAUAUUUUGUUAACUGUGGAUCGCUAAAGCGGCUAGCCUAUGAUAAGAAAGCAAUUUAGCGCCAUCUUAUGGAUAACAAACAAUAUCAUCAACCCAGUUGCGUUCGUCAUUUUGCAUCAAUUCAAAUUUGUUUUGCCUGAAUUUCGUAAAAUGUUUAAUUCAAUAAGUUAAUUCAAGAAACGUAUAAACUAUUUCAUCAAAGUCUAACUUUAAUACAUUAUUGAAAGGUAAACAUAAAUGAUACAAUUAACGUAGGCUUAAUGCUGGAGAUUAGUCUUCAUGGUUCGAGAACAAAUGCUAAAUAGCCGUGAAAAGCAAAGCUGGUAAAAUAAAGUGUGUGUAUUCGGAUGCUGCACUUCUGUAAUUGAGCAAAUUAGUAGCCUAUGCAACGCUAAUACGCACUGAUAUAUGAUCAUUUAUUUAACGCCGAUGAAAGUCUGUGUCUGAACAUUGGGCAUAAAAAAGCGAAAUCGAGUGAAUCGUAAAGAAUAGCAGUGAUCAUAUUUUUCGUGUGGUUCAUACACGUAGGGAUUCACGGGUUCUUGCCCAUGCCCAUGUCACUUUUCUUUUUGGUAUGUUGAUUAUUUGGCUACAUAAUGUAUUUUGCCUGGAAAAAAAUAUUAUCAAUUAACAAAAGGUCUUAUUUAUCUUUUGUGUUUGUGUGUGUGUGUCUAACGAAUCUUAAUGUGGGGUUCAUAAAAUU